AUGCUGCCUCGCACAGCAUGUUUCAUGCUUCUGUUAGCCCUGGGCAGCGAAAAAUUCCGUUUAGUGAGUGGUAGUGCUGACGAUCAUGAAGAACCGAAUGGACUGCCUGAAUAUCACGAUGAAGAACUGUUGGAUGAUGUUGGUGAAGGACUGGACCCGGGGGACGACCCCUCACUGUCACCCGAUGGCCUUCCACCGGAUGGUUUGGACGAUGAUGACGAUCUUCCACCGCCAUCGGACACAAACACGAGUACAGUUUUUCCCCCAACCUCAUUGGGACGGGAGCUCGUUCCGGACGUAUCGUACACGCAGGCGGAGAAGUGCGGAUUUGAACAGGUGGGCACGUGCGCAGAAAACUUCUGUAAGUGUCUCUCAGGGAAUUUAAGCAGUAAGGGAGUUGAACCCCUAAAUGGUAUGACGGGUGGCGCGUGUGGCAGUGGUCAUGUAUCAAACUGCUACCUGCUGCACCACUGCGCAAGGGAGAGGACGAUGUGCAUUUGGGCCGCAUCGAGGAGUUAUGAAGAUGCUGCCAAAGAUGCGAUGUGGGACAUGUCACGGAUGCCGGAGAAGUGGAGGACAAACAGUGGUACAAACAGCAGUUUUUGUCGCGGGCUGCUCAGUAUUAGCAGAAAUCUCACCAAGGCUUCCGCGGAUGUUAACUUCUACGACACGCCCUUUUACACGGAUUGUGCCGAGUAUAUGUCUUUCCUCUUCAAGAGAAGUGGUGGAUACAUGUGUCUCGCUGGCUCUGUGCCCAUGUAUGUCUGCGGCCCGCUUCUCUUUCCAACGCCCGCACCUCGGCAGAUUGGUUAUGCUCCCGUAACAAACGGAUCGCGGCGGUUGCUGGUUACUGUAGCGGCCUAUUUUGUUGGGAACUUCGCUGUGCUUUUCAAUGACCGGACACGAGGUGAAAACUUGCAAAUCGGUAGUGGUUUCAACAAAGAGUUUGGCAACGAGUUGCACAAGUGUUUCCGUGAGUAUGUGGGAAUUGAUGGUGAGUUUACCAUGGUUCAUGGUGGCCCUAAUCUUAUUGUGAAGUAUGUUAUCGGCCUCGGUGAAGCAGAUACAUGGGUCGGUGAUUUAAUUAAGGCAAAUGCACUUAAUCUUAUGGUUCGACCCCCAGGAUGGAUGGCAACAGCUCAGGACAUCCUUAGGACUAUCGACAGUAACGCUGAGCUUGUGGCUCCUAUUGUGAAGUACACAGUCAACUUUGACCCAGGCAAAGGCCCCGUCUUCACGGAGCUGUGUGAUGUCGGUUGUGCAGCGGCCCUUUCUGUUUCUGGCGCGCUUAGCGCCGCCGUUUAUUUAUUAGCGGGAAUUUUUUGCUGUCAGCGAAAUAAACGGACGCUCGCCAGCGUUGAUUCCAGCAGCGACGUGGAUAAUGAAACAAUGGAAACUGCUAAUGGAGCUCUAUCAAAACCGUAG